AUGUUGAAUAAUCAAGAGUUGCAAUCACUCUAAGAUGUGCUCUCAAUGGAGCAAUCCAAGACUUUUGAGUAGUGCCUUCAGCAAUUCCAGAAAUUCAACAAGGCUGAGCAGUUCAGAGCAUGCUGUACACUCUGCUAACUUCUUGAAAACAAUCUUUUGUCGAAGAGUUAGAGAAUAAUUGCAUUCUACAUUUUGUAUCAAUUAUAUCGACAUGAAAAUGUUAAGUCAACUCCAUUUGAGGCAGUAGUUAUGAGUUCACUAUAGACUUGUGUCUAGCAUAUAAACAUGUCAACUAAUCAAGUAGGAGAGGAUAACUAGUACAAGGCGGAAUUCAAAUUACUUACUGAUUUCUUAGUCUCAGUACCAAAGAUGAGCAAAUAACAAGUUGGUCAAUAUAUUCAAGACAUUGAAAACAAUAAAGACCCUCUUGAACUUCCAAUUCCAGACCUAAAAGAGUAUAUUAACAUGUUUCAGUAGAAUAUGCCAAAAAUUAAUGGGAUGAAAGCUCACUCAUUAACUGGGAUAUUAAGGGAUUAGGAUGACUAAGAGGAGCAAUGUCCUCCAGAGACUGGUAUACCUUUUGAUCAGAUUGGGGAAGAUGAACUUAUGCCACACUAUUUCCCUCCUAACAUUUUAAGACCCCUACCAAUAGAAGAGUCUGACCCACUAGAUGAUAUGGAGGACUUUUACUACAAUCAGAUGAGAUAACUCCUUAACAAUGCAAUCAGAAUGAAUCUUAACACAGAAGAAUAAAACAAGCUUAUCAAGGGUAUUAAAACUGAUCCAGAACUCGUAUUUCAUAUUGGUAUGAGUCCACAGAAAUUGCCAUCCUUGAUCUUUAACAAUCAAAAUAUUGCCUACGAACUUCUAAUCUGUAUGACGAAUACAGUGUAAAUUGUUAAGUACUAUGAUGCUUUGUCAACUAUGAAGCUUAGCCCAAAUACCCUCGAAGUAUUUAAUCGCCUAUCAAAUGUUGUAGAACUUCCACAGGAGUUCAUUUAGGUGUUUUUAAAGAAUUGCAUGAACCAAUGUAUUAAUAGCAUUGAUACCAAAGUCAACAAAAAUAGAAUGGUCCGUCUUGUUUGUGUUUUCCUUCUUCAAGUUCAAAAGACUAAGUUGAUUAGUUUGCAAGAAGUUAACUUAGAUGUUCAGAAAUUUUGUUUGGAAUUUGCGAAUAUCAAGGAGUCUAACACUUUGCUGAAAACUUUACAAUCAUUCACAUAAAUGGGUAGAUUAAGAAGAAAGAAUAACGUUGCUAAGCACAAAGAAGUAAAGAAGGCAAGAAGAACUAGACACUACAAACGUGAUCUUGACUAGAUCGUAUUCGAGGAUUUAAUCGAAUCAAAUGCUGCAAAGCUAUUAAAUUAGGAAUUUAAUGAGGAUUUGCCAGGAUUGGGUCAACAUUACUGCCUUACUUGUGCUAGAUAUUUAAUCAAUGAGAAGGCGAUGGCCGAGCAUCUAAAGACUAAAGAACAUAAAAAGAGAUUUAGAAUAGUAAAAACUGAGAAACCAUAUACUCAAGAAGAGGCAGAAAGAGCUGGUGGAUUAAUGCCAGCCAAAAAGAAAUGA